AUGGCAUGGAGUUGCGAUUUGGAAAGAAAAGCCUCAGACGCUCUCGCUCUGUGCACUUUAUUGUAUGCUCCCCCAGACACCGGUCAUGGUUAUGCUUUUUUUAGCGAUUAUUUUGAUUAUGAAGAAAUUGGCAUGUCGGACAUACUUCGUGAAGUGGUCUCCAGAAUUGAUCAGCAAAAUUUUACAUUGGUCAAUGACGAAGGAGUAGCAUAUUCGGGUUCGAGCUCUCUAGUGGAUGAGAGCCCCUUAAAAGACUAUGCUAAUCUAAUGCGCUCCACGGCUACGAAGAUCGGUUGCUCUUACAAAAGCUGCGUCGACGAAUUUGGACUACCGAUCAAUAAUUUCUUAUGUAUCACCGACCAACCUGAUAUAAAGGAGGGAGAUAAAAUAUACGAGACUGGUAGUGGUAGCUGUGAUUGUGCUAAUUUCUGUGAUCCAACCGGUUUAUGCACAGUUUCAAGACCUGCUCCAACUUGCAUUGAGGCAAUAUUCCCCAAGCCAACUAUUGAAGACCCAGACACCAUUUGCGCUCAUGGUGAUAUGACCGAUGCACUCAGAAUACUUAUGAUGGAUAUGCACAAUGUACGAAGAGCUCAACUUGCGAGAGGACAGCUAAAAUAUAAUGGAAAUAUGUUCCCUUCUGCUACUAACAUGAAUCGUUUGGUAUGGUCUUGUGCUCUGGAAAAGGAGGCUCACGAUCAUCUAGCUAAAUGUCCUACAGAAGGAUAUAUAGAACCAACCUGCUUGAGUCCAGUCGAUAACUUUUAUCGCGCCGCCAUCACCAGCGAUAUAUCUACAUUCAAAGAAAUGACCAUAAAGACAAUCAGGGUGUGGUGGGAUGUAUACCAAAACUAUCCUAACCCCGGUUCAAGUGCAGUUUUUACAGAAUCACUCGUUGGCACUCCCAUAGAAUCAUACACUCGAAUGGGUUGGGCUCAAAUUCGAGAGAUUGGUUGCUCCAUUGCUAAGUGUGGUGAUGAAUACGUACUAUCAUGCCGUUACCGGCCAAAUGGGAACAUUGUCAACAAUCCAAUGUACAAUGUUGGCCUCGUGUGCUCCGAGUGUUACAUUUUUGGAGCUGGAUCAUGCGGUUCUGGUGGACUCUGUGGUUGAGCAAGGCACGA